UCUCUCUCUCUCACACACACAAUCUGAUUUCACUGACAUUUUUCUUCUCUACUCUCCAUAGGGUUUCUAUUAUCUCUCUUUUCUCUCCUAUCCCACCUAAAACAAAAUCCAAAUUAAACCCUAUUUUUUUCUUCUAUGCAUGCCACUGAAUUCUCCCUUUUCACGCAGAUCGGUUAACAUAAUUCUCUGUCCUUCGUCCUCUGCUGCUGUGUUCUGAGCACAGCAUCAGUGAAUUCAAAGAACUUACGAAGGGACAGUAAUGAAGCCCGAAUUGGGUGUCGAAAUCGAGUGUUCGGGUCAGUUGAAGGGGCCAGAACCAGAAUCCGGAUCCAGUGAUCCGGUGCGACCCGAUUCGACUGGUUCGGAUUGGAUGGAUAACUGCUAUGUCCCAAGGAUUAGGCCGAGUGAGGCUAAUGGUUUCGCUGUUUAUACGAGGAAUAAGAGGUUGAAGAGUCGAGGCGUGGGUAGAAUUGGGCAUUUGGAUAAACUCCAAGGUGAUGCUGGAGUUUUAGUUAAGGCAGCGGACGCUGUGAGUUCGAAUGUUGAAGUUGUAGUUACUGGUAGUGAUGCGGUGAAUGUGCGCGGAGAUGAGGGUAGUUUAGAGAAUUCGGGGUUUAGGGUAGAGGAGAGUGAGGGCGAGAUGAUGGAAGUUGAAGUUAAGGAGGACCCAAUGGCGUUGGUGGCAGUGAGAAGUGAUGGGCUUCGCAGGUUUACGCGUUCCGUGCUUAAGUCAAAGGACGAGGACUCUGAAAUGGAAAAUGAGGAGUCUGGGGAUUUAACUGAAACGGUGAUUUUGGAGGCAGAUGGAAUAGGGAAUGAAAAAUUGACGGUGUUGGGUAAUCCCAAGACAAGGAAGAUGGAGAUGAAGAUGUCCAAGAAAAUCCUUAUCAAAGGGCGGCCAACAACAGUUAGAGAGCUUUUCGAGACUGGAUUGCUGGAAGGAUAUCCGGUUUUCUACAAUGGUGGCAAGAGGGGAUUCCCACUACGUGGAACCAUAAAAGAUGCUGGAAUCCUAUGUUCUUGCAGUUUGUGCAAGGGAGCCCGGGUAGUUCCACCUUGUCAAUUUGAGAUACAUGCCUGCAAAUCGUAUAGACGUGCAUCACAGUAUAUAUGUUUAGAAAAUGGGAAAAGCCUCCUGGAUGUGGUCAAAGAAUGUCGGAAAUCGUCUGUAAAAACAUUGGAAGAAACAAUACAAAACUUCAUAGGCCCUAUGCCUGUGAAGGAAUCUGUAAUCUGCCGGAAUUGUGAGGGGUCAUUUCUUGCUACAUCAGCUGCAAAGGUGGAACUACUUUGUGAUUCUUGCAUGAUUACUCUGAAUUCAGACUUUGAUGCAGAAUGUGUAAAGUCAAGGCCUUUGGAACCGCUUUUAGGCUUACCAAUGGCUGAAAAUGGCGAAGUCCAUAGCAGUCCCCAAAAAAGAGGUCGUCGAGGCAGAAAAAAAAGGAAGCAUUCAGAGUUGACACCUCAUAUGAGAUCUCCUGGGAAAUCCUCACUGCGGGUUGCAACAAGGAAAAAGGGCCAAUGGAAGCUGGCAAAAAUUCUGUCGCACCAAGCUUCUGCCGCAAAUUCACCCGGAAGUGGUAGUACUUCCUUGCAUGGCUCACUGAAGAAGAAGAGUACUAGGAAGAUCUUAAAGAAGUUGUCAAAUGCUGCGUCACACUCCAAGUCCUUAAAAAGUGGAUCUCCAUCUGGCUCUGAGCAAUCAAAGAGUUCAUUGAAGAUAACUAAAAAAGAUCAGAGGAUGCACAAGCUGGUCUUUGAGAAUGGUGCAUUACCAGAUGGCACUGAAGUUGCAUAUUAUUCUAAUGGCAAGAAACUACGUGAUGGAUAUAAAAUGGGCUCAGGAAUAAUAUGCCACUGCUGUAGCAAGAUGGUUAGUCCAUCUCAGUUUGAAGCUCAUGCUGGUUGGGCCUCCCGCCGAAAACCCUACAUGUAUAUCUACACAUCUAAUGGAGUGUCCCUCCAUGAAUUUGCCAUCUCUCUGUUAAAAGGGCGCAAGUAUUCUUCAAAAGACAAUGAUGACCUGUGCACCAUUUGUGCUGAUGGUGGGAAACUUGUGCUAUGCGAUGGCUGUCCAAGGGCCUUUCACAAAGAGUGUGCAUCUCUGUCGAGCAUCCCUCGUGGAAAAUGGUAUUGUACCUAUUGCCAAAACAUCUUCCAGAGGGAAAAAUUCGUUAAGCGGAAUGCCAAUGCUGUUGCUGCAGGCAGAGUUUCUGGUAUUGAUCCAAUAGCACAAAUAACAGAUCGUUGUAUUCGCAUUGUCAAGAACCCAGAAGAAGCUGAAGUAAUAGCAUGUGUUAUCUGCAGAGGCUACGAUUUCAGUAAAUCUGGUUUUGGGCCACGCACUGUUAUAUUAUGUGAUCAGUGUGAGAAGGAAUAUCAUGUGGGCUGUUUGAAAAAAUGCAAGUUGGCUGAUUUAAAGGAACUUCCAAAAGGAAAAUGGUUUUGUUCCGCAGAUUGCAAGUGGAUAUAUUCUGCUCUGCAGAAUUUGCUGAAUGCUGGUGCAGAAAAGAUUCCUGAUUCUGCUUUGGACAUUAUAAAGAAGAAGCAAACAGAAAAGACUUCAGUUGCUGAUACUGAUUUUGAUGUGAGGUGGAGGCUAUUGAAUGGGAAAAUUAUGUCUCGAGAAACCAGAGUGUUGCUGUCGCAGGCUGUAGCUAUAUUUCAUGAUUGUUUUGACCCAAUUGUCGAUUCAGAAACUGGACGUGACUUCAUUCCAUCCUUGGCUUAUGGGAGAAAUAUAAGGGGUCAAGAUUUCAGUGGAAUGUAUUGUGCUAUUCUGACCGUGAACUCAAUAGUUGUAUCAGCUGGGAUCCUACGGAUUUUUGGACAAGAAAUGGCUGAACUCCCACUGGCUGCUACACGCAUCGGUAAUCAAGGCAAGGGAUACUUCCAGGUGCUAUACUCCUGCAUCGAGAAACUGCUUGCAUUUUUGAAUGUGAAAAGCUUUGUUCUCCCUGCCACGGAUGAGGCGAAGUCAAUAUGGACAGAGAAGUUUGGAUUUAAAAGGAUACCACAAGAGCAGCUCCUUAAUUACAGAAAAACCUGUUGGCAAAUGAUUACUUUCAAGGGGACAUCUAUGUUAGAAAAAGCAGUUCCAAAAUGUCGAAUUAUUAACAAUGAAGAAGGAGAUGGUGAUGUUCCGUUGCAGUGAUAUCAGAAAGCAAAGCCAUUUAAGCCGUUUCCUUAGCGGCUUGGCUUUAUGGGUUGGUGUAAAUUGGUUUUUAUUUAUAUUUCUUAUGAUUAACAUAUUUUGACAAGUUUCCAGACUGAGUGAGUAGGAGAGAAGGAAUAGGGAGAGAUUUGGCUGGUUGAGAUGGUGGUUGAAUUGUAAAAAGUUGUCAUCAGUAGUUUAUUGUUGAAGAUGGGAGGGCAUAGUCUCAUUUUUACUUUUCCCCUAUGAUAUUUGCUGCGUGUAAAUAACUCUUGGCUGGUCGGAAACGCGGCCCUCCCUAGUAACUAGUAAUGCUUCCCAACAGCAAAGCACCUUUUAUUAUCUCAGGUACAAUCCAUUGUACUCUUGUAUCUUGCUUAAGACAACAUGGAUGUCAAAUUUACGUAUGCUUCCCUCCAA